AUGGGUAAUUCAAGUUCCAAAUCGAGCAGAAAGGGCUCAUCGGGAAAGUCUAGUGUAGAUUCAGCGGCAUCGACAACACAUCCGUUCACUAGGACAGACACUUCUCAAUCAGUCAAAUCGACUAAAUCUUCUAGAUCAUUACGAUCCAGGCACUCAGAGAAAUUCAGUGGAAAUGGAAAUGAAAAUGCGAAUCCUGAGCACUCUAGUACACCUCCGAGUCGAAAAGAUAGUGGACUUAAGAACCACCGUUCGCAUGAGCCUUCACAGGAGACCCUGGAUAAUGAUAACAACAAUUUUCUGCAACCGUUGACACCAAAUUCAGAAAGAAGGCUGUCUUCUUCGAAAAGAUCCAGUUUCAAUACAGCUGAUUUACCGCCGUCCAUGAUUCAAAUGGAGCCCAAAUCACCUAUUUUGAAGAACAGCAAAUACCACAGUGCUAGUAUUCUUAACUAUAACGAAAAUGCAUUAACGGACGAUGACGAUGAGGAUAGGACAAAUGAAAAUGUUAGGACCAACAGUACCACUAGCGGGAGAAAUCAACUGGACAUCCUGCGGAAUUCUUCUCGUCCUUCGAGUGUAAGAAGUAGCUCUUCGACAAAGCCUCGUAGGAGGUCGGACGGAGAACCCGGUGCAUCACCAAGCCAGCAUUUAAUGAGUCGAUCGAAUUCGCAUGCCUCAUCCAUACACAGUAGGAAGUCAUCGGGAUCUGCGGGGACCACUGCAUACAGUACACCCUUAAACUCCCCAGGCGUUUUUGGGAAAAAUGAUGAACAGGAUGAUGAUUACUUCGGAGCUGUGUCCUCUAAUUCUUCUCAAAGAGAUACCGUUGGAGCCGGAACAGAUCCCAGUCAUGUUAGUUCGAGCGAUGGCACCACUAAUGGUGAUCACGGUCAUCGUGCAGAUGCUAAAAAUUUUUCCCAACGCGAGUCAAUUAAUGAAUACCCAUCAGUGCUACCAAUGGAUCCCGAACUACAGGAUGGCUUGAUGGAUGAUAAGUCUUCGAGUAACGAUAACAUAAGGCAAUCUAUCAGUAAGAAAAAGAGAGUUGUCAGGCCAAUUAAUAUAGACGAAACGAUACAAAAAUUACUUGACGCAGGCUACGCAGGGAAGAGAACGAAGAACGUAUGCUUGAAAAAUUCUGAGAUUGCUAGGAUUUGUCAUAUGGCUCGUGAAAUGUUUCUAUCUCAACCAUCACUAUUAGAACUAUCUCCACCGGUGAAAAUUGUCGGUGAUGUUCAUGGUCAAUAUGCGGAUCUUCUGAGGUUAUUCACCAAAUGUGGAUUUCCGCCAUCCGCUAAUUUUCUGUUCUUAGGAGAUUAUGUUGAUCGUGGUAAACAGUCUCUUGAAACAAUACUUCUCCUGCUUUGCUACAAGAUCAAGUAUCCAGAGAAUUUUUUCUUGUUGAGAGGAAAUCACGAAUGUGCCAACGUUACGAGAGUAUAUGGGUUUUAUGAUGAGUGUAAACGUCGAUGCAAUAUUAAAACUUGGAAAAUCUUUGUUGAUACUUUUAACACUCUGCCGUUGGCAGCCAUCGUGGCCGGUAAGUUUUUUUGUGUGCAUGGCGGUUUAUCCCCAGUUCUGAACUCAAUGGACGAGAUCAGACACGUCAGUAGACCUACAGAUGUCCCCGACUUCGGCUUAAUUAAUGAUUUACUCUGGUCAGAUCCGACGGACUCGCCGAAUGAAUGGGAAGAUAACGAGAGAGGUGUGAGUUAUUGUUACAACAAGGUGGCUAUUAACAAAUUCCUCAACAAAUUUGGUUUCGACCUGGUUUGUAGGGCGCAUAUGGUUGUUGAGGAUGGUUACGAAUUUUUUAAUGAUCGAAGCCUAGUUACUGUCUUCUCCGCUCCCAAUUAUUGCGGUGAAUUCGAUAAUUGGGGUGCUGUAAUGAGCGUUAGUGAAGGACUGCUUUGCUCAUUCGAACUAUUGGAUCCCUUGGAUGGAGCAGCUUUAAAACAGGUAAUGAAGAAAGGAAGGCAAGAAAGGAAGUUGGCAAACCAGCAACACAUGCAAGUUCCACAAUGA